UACAUGUCUUUCCCCUUUUUUUAAGAGAUGAAAAGGCAGAGAUCAAUGCAGGAAGAUACAAAGAAAGGAAAUGAGGAGAAGGCAGCGAUAACUGAAACUCAGAGGAAGCCAUCAGAAGAUGAAAAAGGGUUCAAAGACACCAGUCAGUAUGUUGUAGGAGAAUUGGCAGCACUAGAGAAUGAGCAAAAGCAAAUUGACACCCGUGCCGCGCUGGUGGAGAAGCGCCUUCGCUAUCUCAUGGACACAGACUGGCAGAAGACGGAGGCCCAGAAGCGUCGAGAGCAACUCCUGCUGGAUGAGCUGGUGGCCCUGGUGAACAAGCGCGAUGCGCUCGUCAGGGACCUGGACGCGCAGGAAAAGCAGGCCGAAGAAGAAGAUGAGCAUUUGGAGCGAACUCUGGAGCAAAACAAAGGCAAGAUGGCCAAGAAAGAAGAGAAAUGUGUUCUCCAAUAG